AACCAACUUCUCAAAUCAUCGCAACAAUUCUACCUCUCUCAUCCUCAACCUCAACUUGAAACUCAACCAGUAUACCAACCUACAAACCCAAACUCGACAACAUAACAACACCACCCCGAUCAAAAUGCCCCCCGAACAACCAACAACAACAACCACCCCCAAACCAAAACCAAAUCACAAUCCCCUCCACUUCGAAAAAAAGAACCAAUCCAUGACCAAACUCCCAAAUUACGCAAAAAUCACCAAACGCCCAAUCCCGCACCCAACCCCACCAACACCGUACACGGCCCUCCCAAAAAUAAUCUACGUAUCGACGACAACCCCGAAAAUGAGCGUCGUGACGCGCGUUCAGAAGUUCCUGCGCCAGGCGGAGAAGCGCGCUACCGCCGCCUUACAGAACCCAUCCGGCAAUAAACGAUCGUCAGGGCAUGGGCAACAAGGGAAACCGCAAGCUGAGCGCGUGGCGCGGGUGCAGGAGGCGUUGCGGCGGGAGGAGGUGCAUGUCAAGGCGACGGGGCGGGCGAUACCGAAAGCCGUGGCGGUGGGGGAGUGGUUCGGGGCGCCGGGGAGGGCGGAGGAGUUUUCGGUUCGGGUCGUUACCGGGAGUGUUUUGGUGGUGGAUGAUGUUGAGGAGGAUGAGGAGGGACGGCGGGAUGCGGUGCUGAGGGCUGAGAGGAUGCGGAGGGAGGUGCUGGCUGGGGUUGAGGAGGGGAGCGGGCGGGUUUUGUCGAAGGCUGCGCUGAAGAAGAGGAGGAGGGUAGUUAAGAGUUUUGGGUUGGAGUUGAAGGUGGAGGAUAAGGAGGGAGCGGAUGAUAAUGGUAAUGAAGGCGAUGGGAAAGGGGAAGGGGAAGAAUUGCCUGAGUCGAGGACUAGGUGGGUGAACAUGGUUGAUGUUGUUGUCGGGUUGAAGUAG